AUGCCGAAAAAAUUACCAAAUUCUCCGUCCGUUUGCCAAUCUCCACCUAAAAAAAUCAGAUUAGUAUUGGUUGGCCUCCUUGCGUUUACUUCUUAUUUUUCUAGUCUCUGGGAGGAAGAAUUAAGAAUUAAAGGAGGGCAUUAUGUCAAAAAUACACUCUUGGAAAAAUUUCGUCAAUUGCCUUUGACCGAAAGAAAGGCACGACAAAAAGAAAUUAGCACUCUGGUCGAAUUAGAUUCGGGACAAUUUGAGUUGACGAAAGAAUGGGCAGCACGCGAAAAGGAAACCAGUCAUUCUAUUUUGAUCGACAGCAUGGGUCUGACAUCUCAUUAUCGCACCAAGCAAUUAAAAAUAAGCAAAAAAAAUGAAAAUUUGCUUUUUUCUUUUA